UAUUUAUACCACAGCAGGUAAAAUGACGGGGCCGCUUUUUUGAUUGAUAACUUUUUGAAACAGCUGAAUUUUCAAACGCCAAUACGUCGCAGUGAUUUGUUCUGCAACGUAAUCUUGCUCAAUUUGAUACAGAUAUUCAUAAUAUAGUAUACCAUAUACGUCAUCUUUUGAAAUGGCAGAUACGGAUACAUCAGCACAGGCGAUGACCCUAAAGGCAAAGGGAAAUGUUUUGUUUCGAGAUGGAAAGUAUCUGGAAUCAAUUGUGGAGUACACUGCUGCAGUUGAACUAGAUCGAGCAAAUCCAGUUGUAUACAGUAAUAGGUCGUUAGCAUUUCUCAAGCUCGGACAACAUUUCUAUGCCCUGAAGGACGCAGAAACAACGAUCCGUUUAAAUUCGGACUGGUCCAAAGGUUACUACAGAAAAGGGCAAGUUGAAGAGGCAGCAGAGCAAUACGACGAAGCUAAAGAUACGUAUGAGCGGGGAUUAAAGGUGUGUCCGGUUGAUGAGGGAUUGAAAACUGCCUUAGCGGAAUUGGCCGUAAAAUCUGCUGAACGAACCAAAGAAGAAAAAUUCCGCACGACAAAAUACAUAUUUUAUUCUGCUGUGUUCUGUUCAGCGAUCGUUGCAUUAGACAUGAAUCUUCAGCUCAACAUAUUUGGAAACCCCUUUUUCCGUUGGAUUUUUGUAACUUUCGCGGUUUUCUUCGGCAUGAUUAUGUCGCGGAUUCGCGCUACAUCUCAUAAUACGAAAAUGAAACAACUUCUUGCACCACCCCUAGAUCUCUUGAAGGAGUUAGAGAAUGGGCAAGCAUUCUCAAAACCGAAUUUGGACGAUGAAAGCGAGUUUACACAGACUUCUGACGUUACCUCCAACACCGACAAGAAGGAAAAUUAAACUAUCCAAACCGCAUCUCCGGUUAUCUGCAGCAUCCUGACCCCAGACAGAGCGACCGACCGCAAAAUUGAAUUUCUGAUCUGGAGCCGCAACUCCUCGAGACACAUUCCAGACUAAGAAACGACGUACCUCUUUACAAUUUGCGUGGGUUUUAUUAUUUUAUUUUUUCAGUUUAAGUUCAUUAAACGUUGGCAUUUGUAACUUACGUCUUACGUCAGUGAUAGCGGAACGAGCAAGAUCGCACAUUUCACCUUAUUAACGUGACCGUUUGCACUGGCCUGCUCAUUUAUACCCAAGAUUCGUUUGAAUAUAGGUCUUCUUAUCCAAGCAUUACGGGUAAGCAGUACAAGUAUUCAGGAUUUAUUAUACUUUACAUAUAAUGCAAACACAUCUUCCCAAUAUUGACAAUGUACAGUUCCAAAGCCCAAAAAAAGGUUUAAAAAAUAAAAACGUUUGUGGAGGACAAAAUUACUCAGGGUACACCUUAGUUACCCAGUUCAUUCGAGUCUUAGACAAAAUUAAUAUGGUAGAUAAUUUGGUGUGUCGUCGUCGGAUACAAAAUAACACGGUGCAUCCCGCUU